AUGGCUGGCAAGAAACUAAUAUUCUUUGUUGUUGUUGCUCUUUUCUCUUCCUUUCCUUCUCGUAUUCAUGCACUACAAUUACCGAAAAUAGAUGCGAUCUAUCAAUUUGGCGAUUCGAUAUCGGACACCGGUAACUUGAUACGUGAAUCCCCCAUCGGAGAACAUACAACCUUUGCAAGACUUCCUUAUGGACAAACUUACUUUCAUAAGCCUACUGGUCGUUGCUCCAAUGGUCUUCUCAUGAUCGAUUUUUUUGCAAGAUACUUGAAUUUGCCUUUGCUUGAUGCAUAUCUUAAUGAAGCCGGUAACUUCACUCAUGGUGUGAACUUUGCUGUUGCGGGAUCGACGGCUCUCGACACUUCAACCUUAGCUGCUAAAAACAUUACAUCGCCGGUUACCAACAGUUCAUUAUCUGUUCAAAUGACUUGGUUUAAGUCUCACCUUAAUUCACUCUGCCCUAAUCCUAAAGAUUGUAAGGCCAAACUCGCAAAUGCGCUAUUUAUCGUCGAAACAGGAGGCAACGACUUUAACUAUGCAUUUUUUGGACGAAAAACAAUGGAAGAAGUGCAACAAAUGGUGGAUGAAGUACUUCAAGCCAUAAUUAGUUCCGUGAAGGAACUAAUUGGUUUUGGCGCUACUAAAGUUGUAAUUCCUGGUAACUUUGCCAUCGGAUGCAUGCCUAUUUAUCUAAGCAACUUCAAGACGAAUGACUCAACUAUGUACGAUGAGCUCCAAUGUCUAAAGGGUUUAAAUAAUUUCGCAACGUUUCAAAACGAUCGAUUACAAUUAGCUAUCAAAGAGCUUCAAACACAACAUCCGAAUGUUGCAAUUGUCUAUGCUGAUUAUUUCAACGCAUUGAAGGGACUCAUUCAAAAUGCUGCUUCAAAUGGGUUUGAGAAGGAUCAAGUACAAAAGACUUGCUGUGGAAUUGGUGAUAACGAGUACAACUUUAACAUAACUCGAAUGUGUCGAAAUAAUGGAGUUUCAGUGUGUCGCGAUCCAUCUAAGCUAGUGAGUUGGGAUGGAGUGCAUAUGACUCAACAUGCCUAUAGAGUUAUGGCAAAAGGGCUAUUCAAGCAAAUUGUUCGAGGCAUCUCUAAUUAAGUUUGAUUAUUUUUUUCAUUAGUGUUGUUAAUUACUACUUGGGUUAUCCAAGAACUAUAUUUCGUAUUUUGAAUGUAUUCAACUUCGAUAAACAUC